UAUUCCGGCUGCUGCUGCUGCUGCUGCUGCUGUUGCUGGUGGUGGGGACUGACGCUGCACACAGCUGCUGUUGCUGCUGCUGCCAUCAUUAUAAUCUCUCGUAUAUUAUAAUCUCACCAAUAUUAUAGUCUCCUACACACAUCAUGUUCCGCAGGAAGCUGACAGCACUGGAUUACAUGAACCCUGAGAGCUUUAGUGUUAAUGAUGAUAAGAGUUUUCGUGACCUUAUAGUUUGGCUCGAAGAUCAGAAAAUCAGGCAUUACAAGAUUGAGGACCGUGGUGACCUAAAAGCUAUCGAUUCCAAUGACUGGCCCAUAGCAUACAAACGUUAUCUUGGAGGCCUGAACUGUCCAACCAACCCCAAUGAUCGACCUGCUGUAGUAGAUUGGUUACUGGGACUUGCUGUACGCUUUGAGUAUGGUGAUAAUGCGGAUAAAUAUAAAUCCGAGACUGGCGAGAAUGUACGCAACCGACAACAGAGUGCCCCAAAAGUUGUCAACACCAACCCUCUGGAUGCAUUAGACUUUCAAAGCCCAGACUUUAGAGAUGGAAUAAACCGACUGGCAAAGCAGCUAAACAUAACGCAGCACCCUGACCACCUCAUAACUCUGAAGGCUCUAAGUAAACUUGUUAGCACAAGACUGUCAGCAGAAGCCAUACAGAACCCUGGUGAAGUAAUCCAUCAAGGCAAAUCUUACCCCAUCUUUGAAGCCGACUUGGGCUUUGAAACUGGAGAUUACGUCCUUAAUAAUGGAAAAGCAUUAAGGUUAAUUUACAUUCACGAUCUUCGAGAACUUCAAACAAAAAUAAAUGAAUGCAUAGUUUCCGUACAGACCAUAACUGCAAAUCCGAAGACUGAUACAAAGCUGGGUAAAGUGGGGCGUUAAUGCUCACACUCCUAAACAUUUGGCCAGACUAUAACUGAAUAACGUUACACUAAUUGAUAUUCACUUCCCAUGUCAGAAGAGAGUUUUUACUAAGAUAUAUUCAUAGAUAUAAUGUAGAGAAAUGGGGCACAUCCCUAUACAGUUUGACAAGUGACCCGAUACUACGUUGAACAAGACAGAGAAACCCUUGACAGAGCAGUUAUCUUAAAGGUAAAAAAUAUAUUUGACCAGAUGUGCUUGAUGGCAUUCCGUAGUUGUUACGUGCGCCUUGUGUUGCUACAUCUAAUUUAUGUUUACUAUUGACAUAAUGGUUAGUGAUAUAAACUCAUGCCAAAUAUAUGUAAUAAACACCCUUCAGCUAAUUUUGGGGUUUAACAUGACAACUUCCAGUGUUAGAACAUUUAAUAAUGUUUUAACAUUAGUAAAUGCUCAAAUUUUGUAAAUUAUAGUUGUUUAAAAUUGUGCGUGCACACCACCAUUUUGAACAAUAUAACCAAGCUUAAACUUUUUCCAAUAUAUUCUGUAUACUCCUGUGAUAAAAGUAGAUCCUGAAAAUGUGAUUCAGAAUUGUUCAGUGAAGUAUCUCUUAUGUAGUCACCCUAAUGUUAUGAAUAAAAUGUCUGUGCCUGCCUCAUUGUUUAUGCAGUAAUUAAUAAGGACUUGAAAAAUAAAACAUAUCCAAUA